GGGGGCCAUCUGAGGCAGGAAGUCGUGCUUCCUCGAAGCACAUGACCGCAGAAGCCCACGUAGCCAAGGAGGCGGUUCCCGCUAUCGGAGACCUGGGCGACGUGUGUUUUCUAGAGUCUGUGCUGGUGACUUCUGACCCGGAAAUAGAAGUUCUGCGUCCGACCCAACAUGGCGCCUUCCACGCCGCUUUUGGCAGUGCGAGGAUCUGAAGGAUUCUACAUGGUGACUGGACCACCUAGUUUUACUGAGAAUACAACAUUGCAAAGGGACUUCGGGAAAAACUGCAAAGUUUUUGCUUUCAGUAAGGAUGGUACUCUCUUUGCAUGGUGCAAUGGAGAAAAAGUAAAUAUUGUGAAAGUUGCCAGCACUGAAUUACUGCACUCUUUUGAUCUCCCAAAGGCAGUUUGCCUUGAAUUCUCGCCAAAGAAUAAUGUCCUGGCAACGUGGCAGGCCUACACAACUGCUAAAGAUGGCGCAGCAGGCAUGCCCAACCUACAACUUUAUGAUGUAAAAACUGGGAAGUGUUUAAAGUCUUUCAUCCAGAAAAAGAUGCAGAAUUGGUGUCCUUGCUGGGCAGACGACGAAAGUAUAUCUGCUAGGAUUGUAAAUAAUGAAGUGCACUUCUUUGAAAACAACAACUUUGAUACUAUUGCAAAUAAACUUCAUUUGCAAAAAGUUAAUGAUUUUGUGUUAUCACCAGGACCACAGCCAAGCAAGGUUUCUGUUUAUGUUCCUGGAAGCAAGGGUGCACCCUCGUUUGUAAGGUUGUAUCAAUACCCUAACUUUGGUGGCCCUCAGUCUGCAUUGGCCAAUAAAAGUUUCUUUAAAGCUGACAAGGCAACAAUGCUCUGGAAUAACAAAGCUACGGCUGUGCUAGUAAUAGCUAGUACAGAAGUUGAUAAAACGGGAGCUUCAUAUUAUGGAGAACAAACCCUGCACUACAUUGCAACAAAUGGAGAAAGUGCUGUUGUACAACUACCAAAAAAUGGUCCCAUUUAUGAUGUAGUAUGGAAUCCCAAUUCCACAGAGUUUUGUGCUGUGUAUGGUUUUAUGCCUGCGAAGGCAACUGUUUUCAAUCUGAAAUGUGACCCUUUGUUUGAUUUUGGAACUGGCCCUCGUAAUGCUGCCUACUACAGCUCUCCUGGACAUAUCUUAGUACUAGCAGGAUUUGGAAAUCUCAGAGGACAGAUGGAAGUAUGGGAUGUAAAAAACUACAAACUUAUUUCCAAGCCACUGGCAUCAGAUUCUACAUAUUUUGCUUGGUGCCCUGAUGGGGAACAUUUUGUAACUGCUACGUGUGCUCCAAGACUACGAGUUGGUAAUGGGUACAAGAUCUGGCAUUAUACUGGCUCUGUUCUACACAAAUGUGAAGUCCCACCAAAUGCAGAAAUAUGGCAAGUUUCCUGGCAGCCAUUUUUGGAUGGAACAUUUCCAGCAAAAGCAGUAACUUACCAGGCAGUUCCAAGUGAACUGCCAAGUGCUGAGCUGAAGGUUGCCCAAGCUUAUAGACCACCAGCUCUGAGAAACAAGCCUAUAACCAGUUCUAAGCUGCAUGAGGAGGAGCCACCUCAGAACAUGAAACCACAACCAGGAAAUAGUGAUAAGCCAUUAUCUAAGAUGGCACUUAAAAAUCAAAGGAAGCACGAAGCAAAGAAAGCGGCUAAACAGGAGGCCAAAACUGAUGGGAGCCAGGAAUCAACACCAUCUCCAGCAUUACAGGAUGUACCACGCAGCGCUCUGCCUUCUGUGACAUCAGGAGACCCUGAGGUAGACAAAAAAAUAAAGAAUUUGAAAAAGAAACUGAAAGCAAUUGAGCAGCUGAAAGAUCAAGCAGCUACUGGAAAACAGCUAGAGAAAAACCAGUUGGAGAAAAUUCAGAAAGAGGCUGCUCUCCUAAAGGAGCUAGAAGAUUUGGAACUGGGCUUUUAAAACUUUACUCAAAAGGAAUUGGAUUGUUACACAAAAUUUGUGCAAAAUGAGGUGCGUUUUAACCUGAAAAGAACAAAGAAUAUCCUUCAACUGCAAUUGGCUGAGGAAGGACAAAUUUACAUAUUUGCUGCACAUCUACAUUUGUUAACCCUUUUUUCUGAAAUCUGCGCAUGUGCAAAAUUGUAAUCAAACAAUGUAUGUUCAGUCAGUCAUUCCUGCUUCCAUUCAAAACCAGAAACACAUUCACUCACCGUUUUAAAACAGUGUUGCUUAAAAAUCAAAACAAGUAUUUUUUGUGUGUGUGUGUGUGUUUUUGGCUUUUUGGUUGGUCUACCAAUUUGAUAGCUUUAUUAAACUUAAGAUACAUGUGACCCUUAUGCAAUAAUAGGAUUGCAGACAAUAAUAAAGAGCAUUUAACAUUAAAGAAUUGUUGGUUUUGUGUUACCAAGUCAGAACUUGUAAAAUGUACCAACCAUUUCCAAGUUAUCGCAAACCAUCAACUUGAAAUCUAGUAAAUUUCUAAAAAUAAGUUUAAAGUAUUUUCAGAUGCUACACCUGCCCCUGUCUUUCCCCAUACCAAUUUAUUGUGGUUUUGCAAUCACAUUUCCCUUUUUUUAAAUCCUUUCCCCUUUUGCUGGAUUUUUGUAUGUGAUCCACACAAACAAAAAGGAAAACAGAUUAUAGGAGGAAACCACUGAAACUGACUCUACACCGGGUGCUAUCAAAUGCACAAAGUAAACUGAGAAAAAGAAAAUUUGAUGAUCUCUCCGUUUAUAGUAAUGUUAGGCCAAAUCUGCAAUCUGACUCAUAUGGGUGACCCUUAAACCAGGGCCGGCUCCAGGCACCAGCCCAGCAAGCAGGUGCUUGGGGUGGCCAAGGGGAAGGUGCGGCACGUCGGGCUCUUUCGAUGGCAAUGCGGCGGUGGGAAGGACCUGCCGCCAAAUUGCUGCCGAAGAAGAAAGUGGCACGGUGGACCUGCCGCCGAUAGCGAUCGCGGCGUUUUUGUUUUUCCCCGCAGCUUGGGGCGGCAAAAAUCCUGGAGCCAGCCCUGCCUUAAACCAAUGUAGAGUCUCAGUUAAGUCAGUGGAGCUCUGCAUAGAGGUAGCAAAAUUGCCCAUAUGGAUGAGACUAAAAGAUCGGGGUCAUGGAUGUUACUUGAAUAGUAGGAUUAUUUUUAAAAAUCAGAUAUAAGUAUAUUUUCUUAAUUGAUGAUGUCCUAUUAAAUUAAAUUGAUCAUUGUUGUUUAGGUGGUAUAACAUUUUCCAUUCUUUAAAAAGUAAUCUUUCCUUACGUUUUGUUUCUGAUACACAAUUCACAAUCACAUUUUAUUAAUUUAUGUUGUGUAAAUGUUUUCUCUUUGUUUUUGUAACAAAUAGCAGUCCACAGUUUUAUACUGAAACAGUUUUGAAGAAAAUAAGGAUUUAAAGAUUUUUAAAAAUUUAUGCUAGAAGAAUAAAGCAAAGAAUUUAAUUUUGCAUCUA